CACGGAUGUGUGAAAUACAGUAAAUUAUUAUUCUACUUGGAUAGUUGUAAGAAGCGUGCUGCUGGCAUUUAAUUUCUUACUAACUUUGUAUUUCUUUUUUUUUUUCUUUUUUUGUUACAGGUGGUACGAGCUGCGAGCCCGGUUCUUCUACGCGUCAUUGUGCUCGGAGCAUUCUUCAUAUACUGCACGGUAAGUAGCAUAUUCCCCAGAAAUUUCAGUGAAGUUUUUAUCGUACGCUGAGCUUCAGAUUAUAAACACAACGUUUUUAUUUCUUCACCCUAUGAGAAGCAUAGAAAUACGUGUGUACUAUUUUUUAAAUAGAAACGAAAUUUCCUGUAACAUUAUGUCCAAGGGAAACUACGACAUUUCAUCCUAGAUUAUCGUUCCGAACGUCCAAGGGAAAAAUAUUUAAUCCCAACCUGUGUGUCCGAUAUGAACCGAAACGAAAUUACAUCGUGCCUGAAAUUAACAGAAACCUAAUCCAAACUUGACCGAAAUUGACCCUCAGCCGAACCAAAAUUUCUGACCGAAAUCUAAUUGAAAUUUCACUCGACCGAAAUCUAAUUGAAAUCUGAUGUAACUGAAUGAUGUAUCUAUUUCGAACCUGAUUUAAACCAAACGUGAGGGCUAUCACGUGAAACGUAACCUCAUAAAUUUCACUAGAAUCAAACUUCAACCUAAUUGAGUUCCCAAUUUCUACCAAAAUUUGAAAGAAAACUGACACUCAACGCCAGAGUUAAAGAUAAAGGAUUAAAGUAUAUGAAAAAGAGCCUAACCUAAAUCUACUCAACAUUUAAAAUUGAAUCGAAUCGAAAAAUCAAACAAAAUUCCUUCCCCAAAGCAGGAGCAAAAUAUAUAAAACGAGAAUAAUGAUUAUGGAUAAAGUCGUUUUGUCCCUUUUAAUAAAUACGGAUAAAUUGCCAUCGAUGGAUCGCAUAAUUUCAGAGCCGUGCUUUAAGUUCUCGUGCUUCGAGCCAUUGCUACACAAUUGAUAAGUUCGUUCGGAAACCUUUAGCACACUUGCGUUUUGUUCGUGAAACGGAUGACAUGUGACACGAAAAUGGCGGGACGUGGGCGAUACUAGCGCCGCUCGACGCUAACCUAAGUCGUAGCGUGACACGGCACGCGAUUUCGCGUUUCCCUCUGUGAAAAGUAUUCUCUCUAUUAGCAAUUAUCCUCAUGCGAUGCUAUCGGCUAGACGAGAAAGAAAUCCCCCUGGGAGUCGGGCGAAAAAAGAAUGCAAAGAAUUGGGGGUAUCCUUCGUUCGUUCAAUUAUGCGAAACUUCAAAUUACCAAGGUUAACCGUAAUUUUAGAACGUCGAAUCGCGAGCAAUUUUCUAAUUCCUUUACUUCCUUCAGGAAGCUAUCAAACAUGCUUUUAUUUGACAUUGAUGGUUUAAAUGCUUAAAGCCAUGUUUCACGUGUUGUCUGAAUUGUAAAUGUUUUGUUGAAUUUUAAUUUGUGAAAUUUACACGCGUGAUAUUAAAAUAUAUAAAUAUUCGUCAGAAUAUUAUUAAUAAAUUCUCGUGUAACAUUAUAUAUAUAGUACAUAAUAUUUAAUAUGUACAUACACAUAUUAUGUUUAUAUUAUAUAUAUUCAUAUACUUAUGUAUAAUAAAUAUAUAUAUUCGUUAGAUACUAUUGUAUGUUGCAUUAUGCAAUUAUUAUCACAUGUUAGAGAUAUUUUAUAUCACGUAAGCAUCAUGGCAGCUGUGUCUGACUAUGCGUACAUAUCAUAGAGAUUUCCUGUGUGCACAGACGAACGUCAUUGGGGUUUCCUGGUCCAUGUCUGGUGACUUACGGGAAUUCCCUAUUAUACGUUGCGACAAGGGGAUUUCCUGUUUUGUGCCGAAUGAUGCAUACGCACGUAUCUAACGAUUCGCAAUAGAGAUUUUCUAUCGUACCGUCCGUGACGCAUAUGCCAGGUUCAUGAAGCAAAUGUCACAUCAGAAGCGCACUAUUGGGAACAAAAUAAGAAACGAUAUAAUAAAUGACUGCAGAGAAGAAAACCUACAACCAGUUUCAAUCUGCCGGUUCUUCCAUAAAUGAAAAACAUUUUCAUAUCCUUUGUAUCAGUGCAGAGAGGAAAUUCAAUUUACAAGAUGGAAGAAAGGAAUAGAUUCGAGAAGGAAUCGUGGAGUUUUCUUUGAGGGGAACGUUGAAUCACUGCAAAUGGAAAUCAAUUUCUUUGUUCCAGACGAUAGUGAUGUACCCCCGUCCGAACGUCAUAACCUGCACGGUGCGUGUGUGGCUGAGGGAGAUUGGAUUUUCCCUCACUUACGGCGCUCUCAUGCUGAAGACCUGGCGAAUAUCGGUGAUAUUCCGGGUGAAGUCGGCGAAAGCGGUGAAGAUAACCGAUGGAAGUCUACUGAAGCGGUUGGGCAUCAUCGUCAUGAUAUUCAGCGUGUUCCUGAGCAUUCGUACGCUGGUUGCACCGCCUGUGGUUAUAGUGGCACGAACGGCGGACGACCUGAAGGCUUAUCUCUGCCUGACUGACUGGUGGGAUCACAGUUUCACCACACUUGAAGUUAUGUUCCUCAUAUGGGGGAUAAGACUGUGUAUCGUGGUGAGAAAGACACCGUCAGAGUUCAACGAGAGCCGAUUCAUCUCGAUGGCGAUUUACAACGAAUUUCUACUGUCGGUCUUCCUCAACGUCUCUAUGUUGUUCUUGCAGUCGCCGGCCAAUCCGGAUCUACUCUACCUAAUAUUUUUCUGUCACACUCAGCUAACGGUGACGUUGCUGCUCUGCCUGAUAUUCGGCAGCAAGGUCUACGUAGUGUUUCGUAGCGGAGGCAAAGAGGACUCGAAACACUCUGGAGCCACUGGGAAAUUUCUAGGGAAAAGUAGUCGUCCAACAGGCACCAGCAACCAGACCAAUUCUAUAUCCCUUCAGCAAGGAAACUUCACAGACGAGAGCGAUGGUGCAACAGAGGAAUUCCGUCGAUUCAUCAAUCAAUUAGAAAUUUUAAAGGAGAAGAAUGUCCUGCUUGGCAAUCAUCAUUUGGUGAGCAAACUCACAGCCAUGCAGGAAGCUGCGAAUCGCGCUGAGACACAGGUAUCCACUAUACAGGCGAUAUCCUCCAGUAUGAGGCUGAACGAUCUCAACGGAUCGACGACAAUCGCCGAAACAAACGUUGGAGAAUCCUUUAAAAGUGAUGCUGAUCAGAAAGGUGGAGAGUCCAAGGAGGAGAAGAGGUGUCAGGCCUGCGUGGAGAAGAAUGGGAUUCGAAGCAAGGACCAGGGCACCUCGAAGGAAGCUGAGGUUCUGGUUUCCGUCGAGGUGAAGAAAUCAACGAGGACCAAUGACGUGGCGGUCUCCACUUCCGGUAGGCCGGCCACCGAGGACAUUGGAACGGAAACGAAACACGACGACAAAGAGAGUGAGGUUAGGGAACGGGACAAAGGCAAGAGCAAAUCCGGCCACGCGAGGACGCAUGCUAUAGUCAUCAAUCUGGAUGACAAAAGCAGAUUCUCCGAGGAAGUCACUUUUAAACAAGUGCAGCACAAGCAAAAUAGACGAAGGACGUUGAAAUCGAAGUUUUUAUCGGAGAAAUCGAAGCUUUCCGCGAAUGGUGAAGGAAGAAAACGUGUGGUCACAGCGAACGAGGAAAUUGUUUUAAGGGAAUUCCCCAAACACGACUUUGCUUUUCCCGCCAUUUUCGCGGCGAAGCGCGGGAAACGUACAAUUUUUAAAAGCUUGGAGCUA